AUGAUAAAUGCCAUGGAUGAUAUUAGGUUGUGUCCUCAUCUUGAAGAUCGAAUGUUCAAAUUUCAUCAUGAAAAUUUUACGAAACUUCUCUUCCUUUUUGGGUAUUUCGUCGUUUCUACGAUUGCGGUUUCAGCUUCACUAAGGGUUUCAAAACAUGGGUAUUUCCUUUCCUCUUUCGUUUUGGGUGUACGAAAUUCCCUCCGCUUUGUAGCUCAAACGCUACAUAACUUCAACACCAUUUUCCUAAUCAUACCCCUUUCUAUAACAAAUCAAUCAAUUGUGAUGGAUACGGGUUUUCACCAUCAACAAAAUUCAUCCCUGAAUCAACAAGCUAUAUCGUUCCAAUCUAGCCCAAGAGACAGCAAAUCUGAGAUUAGUAUGAUUGGGGAUUUGGAUUUCCAUCGAAUGAAUGGAAUUGGGAAUUCCUGUGAUUCUAUUAUUGUUGAUUCCGUCCCGGAAUUGAAGCACAGAGCAGGCGUGGCUGUGGAGUGGUCUGUUGAAGAACAGUAUAAACUAGAGGAAGCACUUCUCAAAUAUGCUAAUGAACCUGGAAUUAUAAGGUAUGUCAAGAUUGCUGCCACAUUGCGUAAUAAAACUGUUCGUGAUGUUGCUCUCAGGUGUAGGUGGAUGGCGAGAAAAAGACGGAAACAUGAGGAACUCAGUUUGUGGAAGAAGUCAAAAGACAAGAAGGAUAAAUUGGUGGAAUUUUCCUCAAAGCCAGGUGUCCUACCACCAAUAUCAACAUUUAAUGUGGCUCCAUUUUCAGUUUCAAUGAAUAAUCGAGUCCAGACUGAUGGUAAUCAUGUUGAAGCAGCAUUACAAGGCUCGAUAAGACAUUUGUUGGAACAAAACAAACAAGUUAUUGGUCAGAUCUCAACUAAUAUGUGUGCACUAAAGCUUCAAGACAAUGUUAACCUCUUCAGCCAGAUGAAGAACAAUAUAUCUGCCAUUUUAAACGACAUGAGAUUUAUUCCUGGGCCUCCACUACCUGUAUCGCUGAACGAAGAUCUUGCUAAUACCAUUCUCUCCACUAAAAAUCAGACAAUGAUGUUCACCUCAUCAAGCGGAAUGCAUAUGAAACAAGAACCAGGUUCUUGGUGAGAAGACGAUUUCUUCAGUUUUUAGAUUCUCCAAGUACAGAAUUCAAUCCAAAUUUUCUUCAUGUAUUUUGAUUGCCCAUUUCGAUUCAAACCCACAAUAAGAAACUUCCAUUUUCAAAAAGCUAAGAAUGUUUAGCUUGCUGGGUAGCAAUUAGGAGAAGAGAACAAGAUUCCUACUGUAAUCGAGUGAUAAUUACUUAAUUUUACUUAAUUAGCAAGACGAAUUACUGCAACUAUCCAUGAUCAUAUGCUGAGAUUCAGAUGAUUAUGAUUAUCCCUCGGCAAGCUUUGAACGGUAUCCGACCAUCUUCCAGGUGAAUGAUCACUGCUAUUACACGACACAUGACCUGCUUCUGCUCUCGUUUCCCUAAUCAUCUUCAAAACAUCCUUCAUCGCUGGCCGGUUGUCUGGAACAACCGACACACAACCCAUCGCAAUGUUGAGAAGCGCUGCGAGUUUCUCGUUACCUGAAGAUACGGUUUCGCCGCUGGAUUCGGUUUGUUCUUCUCUUAUGGUGUUGACCCAUUUAGGAAUGUCGGAGCCAUUGUCUGAAAUUAGGGCUUGGGAUGGAGGGUUGCCUGUUAGUAGCUCUAAGAGAAGAACGCCGAAGCUGUAUACGUCGGAUUGUUGAGAUGGUGGUGUUUUUUGGUUGCUGCAUUCAGGGGCACGGUGGAGGAGAGAAUUAUUAGGGUUUGAUUCGUGUGUGGAGUUGGGGUUUUUGAAGGAGACGAGGCCGUAGUCGGUGAAGCAGGAUUCGAAAUCGGAGCUGAGGAGAACGUUGGAUGAUUUUAUGUUGCCGUGGGUGAGGCCUGGGUUUUGGUGGAUGUGGAGGAGUCCGGUGGCGAGAUCGUCGGCGAUUUUGAGGCAGGAAGUCCAGUGAAGUGGUUUGCCUUUGCCUCCAGAUGAUGUUUUUGAUCCUGCAAUAAGCCGUAAAUUAUUUCUAAUUAGGGCAAAGUUUUUUUAGUUAGAGUUUUUAAUGAAAAUACGAAAAGCCUGAUUAUAUCAUCAAAAUAACAUAAAAUUUGUUAAUGAACUAGUUUUUGAAAAGUAAAAAUAUUUUUCAAAUACAAAAUAUUCCCUUAUCAUAUUUUGAUAAUUUGAUCAUUUUUGUAAAACAUUUUUUUUAACAUCUCAUACUUUCUUUUUUGUAAAUACAUAAGAAUUUAUUAAAAAAUUAACUAAAUUUGUAAUAAGUAAAGCAAUUAUAUGGCUAUAUCUCUUUUGUUCUAUCGUCAUGAAGUAUAUGAAAACCUAGAUAAUAUAGCAACAUACUUUUAUAUAAGUUUGUAUCUAAGUUGAUUUAUAAGCUAGUUUUCGAGAAAAAGGAUGCAAUUACAUUCCAACUAGUUAGACAAGCUGCAAGUAAAUUUGCAUAUAUAGAUCAUAAAAAUGAAAAAUGAUUCUAUCCUUCUGAAAAUAAAAAAAAUAAAAAAAAUAAAAAAAA